CUUCUCUUCCAUCUUUCGCUGCAUUUUUUAAGUGAUCUGAAAAUGGGGGAAGAAGGUUGCAAGAUUGCAAAGGAUGUUACUGAAUUAAUAGGUAAUACUCCAUUGGUAUAUCUCAAUAGCAUUGUGGAUGGAUGUGUUGCCCGGAUUGCUGCUAAGCUGGAGAUGAUGGAGCCGUGCUCCAGUGUCAAAGACAGGAUUGGGUAUAGUAUGAUUGCUGAUGCAGAGGAGAAAGGGCUUAUCACACCAGGGAAGAGUGUCCUGAUUGAGCCAACGAGUGGUAACACGGGGAUCGGGUUGGCCUUUAUGGCAGCGGCUAAGGGUUACAAGCUCAUCAUUACCAUGCCAGCCUCGAUGAGCCUUGAGAGAAGGAUCAUUCUCCGAGCCUUUGGAGCUGAGUUGGUCCUUACAGACCCAGCUAGGGGCAUGAAAGGCGCAGUUCAGAAGGCUGAGGAGCUGUUGGCAAAGACACCCGAUGCUUAUAUUCUUCAACAGUUUGAAAAUCCUGCCAACCCAAAGAUUCAUUAUGAGACAACUGGACCAGAGAUUUGGAAAGGCUCGGGUGGGAAGGUUGAUGCUUUUGUUUCUGGUAUUGGAACCGGGGGUACGAUAACAGGUGUUGGGAAAUUCCUCAAAGAGCAAAAUCCUGCGAUCAAGAUGUAUGGAGUGGAACCAGUUGAAAGUGCAGUUUUAUCAGGAGGAAAGCCUGGCCCACAUAAGAUCCAAGGUAUUGGUGCUGGUUUUAUUCCUGGCGUUUUGGAAGUCAACCUUGUUGAUGAAGUUAUCCAAAUUUCAAGCGAUGAAGCUAUUGAAACCGCAAAGCUUCUUGCGCUAAAAGAAGGACUACUGGUUGGGAUAUCAUCUGGAGCAGCUGCCGCUGCUGCAAUUAAGAUUGCAAAGAGGCCAGAAAAUGCUGGGAAGCUCAUUGUCGUGGUUUUCCCUAGCUUCGGAGAGCGUUAUUUGUCGUCUGUGCUAUUCCAGUCUGUGAAGCAGGAGGCCGAGAACAUGGUUUUUGAACCGUGAAACUAUUCCAGUCUGUGAAGCAGGAGGCCGAGAACAUGGUUUUUGAACCGUGAAAGGGAACGGUCCUGGUUUAGUUCUUGUGGGUCAUGUCAUGCUGUUUUCAAUAAAACUAUAAAGCUUUUUGAAGGUUGUAAUUAGAAGACAGGUGGAAGUCAUAGUAGGAUUCAAUGUGGAAAUGGAGAUCCUGGUUUGGUUCUUGUGGGUCAUGUCAUGCUGUUUUCUAUAAAACUUUAAAGCCUUUCGAAGGUUGUAAUUAGAAGACAGGAGGAAGUCAUAGUAGGAUUCAAAGUGGAAAUGGAGUUGCUGUCAUCGAUCAAGAACUGAAGAUUUUCAAUGUGCAUUUGGGAUGUGGUUUGGGUAC